AUGGCGUUUGGCACAAAUGACCCGUUUUCAUUACAAACAACACAAGCACUUGUCACAACUGAACCGUUGUCAUUACAAACAACACAGGCACUUGUAACAACUGAACCGUUGUCUUCACAAAAAAACAUAGGCGCUUCUAUCCCGUCCGUAAAUAUACCCCAAACCGCCUAUGCCACCACUGAAGGAACUACCUUCAGCAUUUCAUGUUCUGUAUCAUCAACUACAGCAGUCACAAAUGUCUCCUGGCAGCGUACCAUCAAUGGUCAAACCUCAUCAAUCAGCAUUGAUGAUGUUAAUUUCUCUGGAGCUACCACAGGCUCUCCAUCUCUGACCAUCAUCACAGCUUCUAUCACAGACACUGGAACAUACACCUGCUUUGCUACUAAUUCUGCUGGAACUGGAAGUGAUUCCACACAGGUUACUGUUUCUGGAAACGUCCCUACGGUCACUGUUGGACAGUCAAGCUACAGUGUUACUGCAGGCAGCUCCAUCACCCUUACUUGUACCGUGUCUGCCAAUCCCACCCACACCAAUGUGUUCUGGCAGCGUGAUGUUGGAUCGGGCUCCCAGGUCAUCACCAUAGAUGGCGUCAACUACUCUGGUUCCCAAGUCAAUGCUCCUUCCAUAACAAUUAUAGUCUCCGAAAUUGGAGACGCUGGAACAUACACCUGCUUUGCUGUCAACUCGGUAGGAACUGGACAAAGUAGCACAACACUGACAGUUACUGGAAGCAUACCAACAGUCACUGUUUCGCAGACGAUGGUUUCUGUAUUCACAGGGACAACUGUGACCUUACAGUGUUCUGUCUCUGCAAAUCCCACACAUACAAGUGUGUUCUGGCAGUUUACUCCCCCCAAUGGAGGGACUACCACACUGUCAAUAGACAAUGCUAAUCAUGGUGGAUCAUCAGUCAACAGUCCAUCAUUGACCGUGUUCAAUGCUAACAGUCUAGAUCAGGGCACGUAUGUCUGUUUUGCCAGCAAUCUAGUUGGAACAGGACUUAGUUCCCAGGUAUUACUAUCGGUGACAGGAAGUCUGCCCGUGGUCACCAUUGCCCAGCAAUCCUACUCAGUUGUCACUGGACAGUCAGUCACACUGGCAUGUAAAGUGUCUGCCUCACCUACCCAUUUCAAUGUUUUUUGGCAGCGUAUAGACAAUAAUGUGACUAGCUCAAUAUCCAUUGAUGGAAGCAAAUACUCUGGAUCCACAGUCAAUAAUCCAUCCUUGACCAUCACCAAUGCUGAUAGCAAUGACAACACGUCGUACACAUGUUCAGCAACAAAUGCUGUGGGAACUGGAACCAGUGGUCAAACCACACUCGGUGUCACAGGAAGUCUGCCCGUGGUCACCAUUGCCCAGCAAUCCUACUCAGUUGUCACUGGACAGUCAGUCACACUGGUAUGUACAGUGGCUGCCUCACCUACCCAUUCCAGUGUUUUUUGGCAGCGUAUAGACAAUAAUAUGACUAGCUCGAUAUCCAUUGAUGGAAGCAAAUACUCUGGAUCCACAGUCAAUAAUCCAUCCUUGACCAUCACCAAUGCUGAUAGCAAUGACAACACGUCGUACACAUGUUCAGCAACAAAUGCUGUGGGAACUGGAACCAGUGGUCAAACCACACUCGGUGUCACAGGAAGUCUGCCCGUGGUCACCAUUGCCCAGCAAUCCUACUCAGUUGUCACUGGACAGUCAGUCACACUGGUAUGUACAGUGGCUGCCUCACCUACCCAUUCCAGUGUUUUUUGGCAGCGUAUAGACAAUAAUGCGACUAGCUCAAUAUCCAUUGAUGGAAGCAAAUACUCUGGAUCCACAGUCAAUAAUCCAUCGUUGGCCAUCACCAAUGCUGAUAGCAAUGACAACACGUCGUACAAAUGUUCAGCAACAAAUGCUGUGGGAACUGGAACCAGUGGUCAAACCACACUCGGUGUCACAGGAAGUCUGCCCGUGGUCACCAUUGCCCAGCAAUCCUACUCAGUUGUCACUGGACAGUCAGUCACACUGGCAUGUACAGUGUCUGCCUCACCUACCCAUUUCAAUGUUUUUUGGCAGCGUAUAGACAAUAAUGUGACUAGCUCAAUAUCCAUUGAUGGAAGCAAAUACUCUGGAUCCACAGUCAAUAAUCCAUCCUUGACCAUCACCAAUGCUGAUAGCAAUGACAACACGUCGUACACAUGUUCAGCAACAAAUGCUGUGGGAACUGGAACCAGUGGUCAAACCACACUCGGUGUCACAGGAAGUCUGCCCGUGGUCACCAUUGCCCAGCAAUCCUAUUCAGUUGUCACUGGACAGUCAGUCACACUGGUAUGUACAGUGUCUGCCUCACCUACCCAUUCCAAUGUUUUUUGGCAGCGUAUAGACAAUAAUGUGACUAGCUCGAUAUCCAUUGAUGGAAGCAAAUACUCUGGAUCCACAGUCAAUAAUCCAUCCUUGACCAUCACCAAUGCUGAUAGCAAUGACAACACGUCGUACAAAUGUUCAGCAACAAAUGCUGUGGGAACUGGAACCAGUGGUCAAACCACACUCGGUGUCACAGGAAACGUCCCUACUGUCACUGUUGGACAGUCAAGCUACAGUGUUACUGCAGGCAGCUCCAUCACCCUUACUUGUACCGUGUCUGCCAAUCCCACCCACACCAAUGUGUCCUGGCAGCGUGAUGUUGGAUCGGGCUCCCAGGCCAUCACCAUAGAUGGCGUCAACUACUCUGGUUCCCAAGUCAAUGCUCCUUCCCUAACAAUUAUAGUCUCCGAAAUUGGAGACGCUGGAACAUACACCUGCUUUGCUGUCAACUCGGUAGGAACUGGACAAAGUAGCACAACACUGACAGUUACUGGAAUUGGAUAUAUCAGCAGUGUGACAGUCAACGGCCCACAACAAACAGUACUAAGUGGCAGUGCCGCAGAAGUACUGUGCGAAAUAGAGGCUGUUGCCUUGCCAAUGAGGUUGGAUGUAAAAUGGAAGCUGAAUGGUAUUGACGUAUACCCUCUGGUCAAUUCCCGCGUGCAGACGGAAAUGAAAUCCUACCCGGAAAAUCCAGCCAGAUUCACCAAUAUACUGUCAUUCAACCCAAUCAUCUUUCAGGAUUCAGGUAUCGCCGAAUGUUUUGUAAAUGUUGGAGCACGACAGGCAAAUUCCUCGGCAACACUGGAAGUGUUUGACGUUGAUAUAUGGCCUCGCUACGUUUCUGUGGAGCAAGGAAAACCCGUCAACAUUACCUGUACUAUCAUGGGCACAAACAUUAAUGGAAGUCUACCGGCUAUCACGUGGUGCAAGAAUGGCAUUGAAUUGCCGUUAUCUUUAGAUGUUACCCUUCCAUCAUCAAGUGAUAAUAGAACGCAUAUAUUGACGAUCGAUUACACCCAAGACUUUGUCACUACUUACGGUUGUGGGCUAGCUGGGGCCAAUGGUCAAACACAUUGUCACAUUGACAUGACACUGUUUGUCUACAGACCAGCUGACCGACCAUGCGUGAAAAAUAAGGAUUCCAGCGGAAUCAUAUGGAACCAAACUUUCCCCGAUGAAACUGCAUACAGUUCAUGUCCCUCCGGGUAUAAGGGUGUUCUUUUAAGAGUAUGUGUCCGAGAUGGAUACGUUGGGAAGUGGGGAAGACCAGAUUACUCCCGAUGCGUCAAAGAACAGCUACAGAACAUAUCAAAUCAGGUUGACCGGAUACAGUCCGGUUUGGCUGUAAUCUCUCUGGCGGAUCUUCUCCAAGAAAUGGCCAAUGCAACUGAAUCCAUAGUUACGGACGAUCAGCUUACAGUCGGUGACCUGGGCUCGUGCGUAGACAUCAUAUCCAGAAUUGCCAACAUUUCAGAGAAACAGCAGGCCAACAUCAGUACCACUGAAACAGAGGAUUUCGUUUCAACUGUUGACUAUCUGUUGAAUGCGGACUCAAGUGACAAAUGGGCUUCUUUGCAAACUGGGAAUAACGUAGUACCAGCGGCAUCGGUCAUGGAAGCGGUCAGUACAUUUGGGAAGUCAGUGGUUAAGUCGUUAACCACAGAUGACCUGCGAAGUGUGAGGAAAAAUAACAUAAUUGUGGAAUUUAGGAAGUCUCCUCCGGGAAAUAUUUAUUUCCCGUUCAUUUCCACCACCAGUACAUUGCAGGAUGAUUUUGGUGCGUCACUAGUGAUGCGACAGGAAACCAUAACAAAUAACCAGUUAAAUGAAAGGGAAACUGUGGACUACGUAGCAACGUACUACAAGACGUUGUCAGAUUUCAUACGUGUUGAUGUGCAGGAGACUGGCCUAGUCGAAGGUCAAAGGUUAGCAAGUGGUAUUUUGGCCUUGACACUGGCAUCCGGUCCGCAGGCCAAUUUGGAUCCUCCCCUUGAACUUCAGUACCUGCACAAUGAGGAAUUAGUGGGUGAACGAACUUGUGUGUUUUGGAAUUUCAGUCUACCGAACGGAGGAGAAUGGUCCUCAAAAGGCUGUAUCGUUGUAUUCGCUGACGUCACCACCACCAGGUGUCAAUGUGAUCAUCUGACUAACUUUGCCAUCAUGAUGAGUCCGUAUACAAACGUAAACAAUGCUCACCACAAGAUCUUAGGGAUUAUGUCCAUAAUUGGGUGUGCUAUCUCCAUAACUGGGAUGGCAGUUACAGUGGUUUGUCAUCUAUGCUGCUGGAGAUCCGUGAAAUCGGAUAAAUCAACGAUUCUAGUGAGCAUGUGUAUAGCACUCAUACUUGCAAUGAUUCUGUUCUUGGCUGGUGUAGAACAGACUUCCAACAAGACAAUAUGCACUGUGAUAGCAGUGGCAUUACAUUACAUAUUUCUGGCCGUAUUCUUCCUGAUGCUAACAGAAGGUAUAGCUGUUGCCAUGUCAGUUUUAUUUGUAUUCUCAUCCUCAUCAAAACUGCGCUACCUACUUCCGAUCGGAUGGGGGGUGCCUGCAAUUAUUGUAGGAAUUUCUACUGGAGCCACCCAGUUAGAAGGAUACGGAAAUGAAAACUUCUGCUGGUUGUCUGUCAGCAACAGUGUUUUGUUUGCUUUCAUUGUCCCAGCCCUGGCAGUCAUUGUGGCCAAUUUUAUAAUAGCUGUAUUAGUAUUCAGAGCCCUAUUUUCAACUCGAUUUGUAAUGAAUAAAACGAGAAAGGGAAAACUGAUGACUGCUGUAAGAAGUGUUGCCGUGUUGGCGCCUCUCCUAGGACUUACCUGGAUCUUCGGUGUUCUCUCCGUCAAUGAGGACACUGUCAUGUUCCAGUAUUUUUUUGUCAUUUUUAAUUCAUUGCAGGGAUUGUUCAUUUUCGUUUUUCACUGCUUGCUUAGUAAAGUGAUGCGUGACGCAAUCAAGAGAAAGAUUCCCUGUCUGGGAUUGUCUGCUCGAGAAAAGAGCAAACUCGGCAGCAGCAGCAAUAGAUUGAAGACAAACCCAACUUCAGAAACAGGGGUAUCCGGAACAGGAAAGUGUUUGCCGGGUCCGACGAUUGACUCUGUGACUGCCUUCAGCAAUGGUGGCUAUAAAAUAGAGAAAAAUGGAAAAGAUUUUCAUCCAAACGACAAUGGUGUCUCUAAACCGGAUACAAGUCAAAGCGAGUUUAAACAAAACGGUAUUGGGAAUUUAAAACAUCAUAUCGGUGAAAAGGGCACCUAUCAAAAUAAAAUUAAUAAAACAUCUAAACACUUGCAAAUGAAUACAAAUUCGGACUCUGGAUCACAUGCAAGUGGUUCUCAACGAGAUUCUUUGUCCGACAAAAGUGACCGUUUCAAAUACAUGCAGUGGACAGACGAUGGACGAACGUCAGUGUCUUUCAGAGCGGCCCCGUUCGGCGGAAUCCGGAAACCUCCGUCAAACUCCGACGGAUACAACCCGGCACGGUUGUAAGAUGCUGAAGUUAGAAGGAGUAAAAUAUACGGAAUCUUUAUUGAUUUUAAACUGUUGAUAAAAAAUAGGACGGUAACCUGCAUCAUGCCCUUUUGCGUGAAACAUUGAAAUAUUUUUUUCAGAAUAUUUGUUUUCAUAUCCAUUAUUUUUUACCUCGACAAAUAUACUUUCUCGUUUGUUUAUUAUUUUACAUGUAAUCUAACAUAUUGUUAUUGGUGCUUUUUCGAGUUCGAAUAUAUAUAUAUAUAUUGAUGAUAGAAAGGCAUCGCCCAAAGUAUGCACCAGCUCACGUUUUACAAAUUCAAAAUCAUGUAGGUCUUCUUCUGUUUUUAUUUAUUACCACCUAUUUAGUUAUAGACUAUAAGGAGUAUAAAUUUUAUAAAUAAAAAAUAUAGGUAUCAUAUGGGUAAAGAUAAGAAUCAUUAUUGUGAUAUUAUUGAAGAUUAUUAAUAUUGUGAAUGAAGAUAUGUAUGCUAAUUUCGAUAUUAUGGAAAACUCGAGAUUAUAGAUUAUUGAAAAUAAAUAAGAUUAUUGAAAAUAAAUAAGAUUAUUGUAGGAUUAUUGACGAUUACCACGAUGAUUGUGUGAUUUUGGAAUAAACGUAAAAUUAUAAGUUAGACUGUUGAAUAUUUUAUUAUUAUUAUCAUUGAGAUUAUUGACGAUAAACAGGAUUAUUAUGAGAUUAUUGUAGAUAAUAGUGAUUGUUGAAGACUAUUAUGAUAAUUAUGAGAUUCAGUGCGUGUAAACAUGAGUGUAAGUUGAGAAUUGGUGGGGACUUUAUUCCAUAUUUCCAUAUUCUGGUGAUAUUGAAUAGGUUAAUACUUCCUUGCCCCUUUGCUUGAAUGUAUGUAUGUUUAAGCUAAAUAAAUGCAUUAUGUGUUGUUUGAUAUGAUAUCAAAAUAGUAAUAUGGAAAACGUUCUACCAUUGAGUUCCUGUGUCUAGUUUGACAGGUCAAAGCUGUUCUUAUCGGAUUUACUGUGUAUAGUUUGUGCAAUAUGCUUUCAACAAUAUGUACACAUAGUUAAAAUUUAUUAAAGCUAUUGUUUGAAAACAAAAUCUCUGUUGUAUUUU